AUGAUGCUGCAAGACGUGACGGACCCAAUGCUUUGUAGAGUGUUCCCAGUAACAUUGCAAGGUUUGGCACAGAAGUGGUAUUCACAUCUCAAGGCUGGCUCAAUCGGUUCCUUUUCCGAUUUGGCCACAGGAUUCAAAGCGCGCUUCAGGACCAACAUCCCAAUGCAGAUAAGUUCCAGCGACUUAAGAAAAUGUAAACAAGGAGACCAAGAAACGUUGAAGAAUUUUGUGGUAAUAUUCAAUAAAGAGGCGGUCCAAAUCGAGAAUCUUAAUCAUGACACAGCCAUAGAGGCCAUGAAGAUUGGGACCCGAUUCAAAGAGCUCCGAGAUAAUAUUCUGAUGAAAAAGCCAACCACCUUCCAGGACUUAAUGUUGAUAGCACACAAGUAUGUAGAACUAGACGAAGCAAGGAGAACUUUGACCAAGCAGUCGGAGAUAACGAAACAAGACAACUCCAAAUAUCGAGGAACGAAAGAGGAGGAGAGACCCCGGACGCAGAGAUUCGGAGGAUUGAGCAGACCUUAUGACUUCACGCCACUAAACCGAGCCCCAGUCUAUAUACUCAGCUGGAUGAAGAAAAACCGGGUGAUGUUCAACACCCCCAGAAGAAUGGACCCAGACAAGGAACGAGACAAAAGCAAGUACUGUCGCUUUCAUGAGAGCUAUGGCCACGACACAGAUCGCUGCUGGGACCUUAAAAGAGAGAUAGAACAACUAAUCCAAUUUGGCAUGCUGAGGAAAUUCGUACACGAAAAGACAGGAGAAAAGAGGAAAGGAGACACCACAGAAAAAGAUGAACAGAACAAGAAAGCCAAAGAGGUUGCAGGCAUAAUACAUGUUAUCGAUGGAGGUGAGCCUUACGGCAACUCCCAAAAGAAGAAGAGGAACAGAAGAGGUUCUGCGACAAUGUUCGCAAUUGAAAGAGAAAUAGCUCAAUAA